UUAUAACUUUGCAGGCGGCCAGGGAAAAGGUAGCAACAGGAACAAAGUUCGGGACGAACUUGCUAUAUGGCAGCAGUUCUCUUCCCGCAGAAACAAAGUAACAAUAUCAAACUCGCGUAUCAAAUCCGGAGCUAAUUAGGAAUGUAAAGAACUGUAACGUGUGCCAUUAACUCCAAAGAGCAUUCUUUUUUUUUUUUUUAAAGUUAUUCUGCAUUUCACUUUGGGAACACAGUUGUUGAAUGCUGAAAGAACUGUGCCAUCAUCGACAUAGUUCUGUGGCAGGCUAGAUUUCAAAAUGUCUUAAAGUCCAAGAGUUGAUCAUGAGCUGGAGUCUUGGCAGUACAUAUUUUCUUUAAACCGGGAAGAUUUCAUGCCUAUCUGGUUAUAAAUUUUAAAGUGGCUGUGUAUUUGUGAUUUUGGACUGCCAGCGUCAAAGGUGUUACUCAAGGACCUGUAUUUGUGAAGAAGCAAUAUAUAAAAAGGAUUACAAUUUUUCAGAAGACCAAGACUCAAAAGAAAUGGCUAACAAGGCAUCUCCAACUGAAAACCCUGAUGGGGCAGCUAACAAUGAAUUUAGUGACAUCAUCAAAUGGAGGUCAGAUGAACACGAUGCUGUACAGAAAAAAACAUUCACAAAAUGGAUCAAUGCUCACUUUUCCAAGACCGGGAAGGCCCCCAUCAAGGACAUGUUUGCAGACCUCAGGGACGGCAGGAAGCUGCUGGACCUCCUAGAGGGCCUCACCGGGAGCGUUUUGACCAAAGAACGUGGGUCCACUCGGGUGCACGCCCUCAACAACGUCAACCGAGUACUGCAGGUUCUCCAUCAGAACAGCGUGGACCUGGUGAAUAUCGGAGGAACGGACAUAGUGGAUGGGAACCAUAAGCUGACUCUGGGCCUCAUAUGGAGUAUCAUCCUACACUGGCAGGUGAAGGACAUCAUGAAGGACAUCAUGUCCAACCUGCAGCAGACCAACAGCGAGAAGAUCCUGCUCAGCUGGGUGCGGCAGUGCACACGCUCCUACGACCAAGUCAACGUGCUCAACUUCACCACCAGCUGGGCCGACGGCUUGGCCUUCAACGCCGUCCUGCACCGCUUCAAACCCAACACGUUCAGCUGGGAGAAAGUUGUGGGUCUAACACCAGUGGAGAGGCUCGAGCAUGCCUUCACUGUUGCCAAAGACCAGCUGGCCAUCGAAAGACUUCUGGACCCUGAAGAUGUGGCGGUGCAGCUGCCCGACAAGAAGUCCAUCAUCAUGUACGUGACGUCCCUGUUCGCCGUCCUCCCGAAAGAGGUGACCAUGGAGGACAUCCGUGAGGUAGAGACGCUGCCCAGGAGGUACAAGGUGGAUGCUGAGGAGGGACAGGCCCUAAGUCAGCAGGGAGCAACCUCAGAAGAAGAUCCGGGCAGCCCCCGGGCCGAAACGCCCAGCACAGUGACCGAGAUGGAGGUGGACCUGGACAGCUACCAGACCACCCUGGAGGAGGUGCUGACCUGGCUGCUCUCCGCUGAGGACGCCCUCCAGAUGCAGGACGAUGUCUCCGACGAUGUGGAGGAGGUUAAAGACCAGUUCCACACCCAUGAGGCCUUCAUGAUGGAGCUGACAGCGCACCAGAGCAGCGUCGGCAACGUGCUCCAGGCUGGCAACCAGCUCAUCGCCCAGGGCAACCUGACGGAGGAAGAGGAGGACGAGAUCCGGGAGCAGAUGGCCCUGCUGAACUCGCGCUGGGAGGGCCUCCGCGUGGCCAGCAUGGACCGGCAGGCCAGGCUCCACGAGGUCUUGAUGGACCUGCAGCAGCAGCAGCUCCAGCAGCUCUCCGAUUGGCUGACGCAAACGGAGGAGCGCAUUCGAAAGAUGGAGACAGAGCCCAUGGCUGCGAACAUGGAGGGCUACAAGAUGCAGAUAGAGCAGCAUAAGGCACUGCAGAAUGACUUGGAGAUGGAACAGGUGAAGGUGAACUCCCUGACCCACAUGGUAGUGGUUGUGGAUGAGAAUAGUGGAGAGAGCGCCACCGCUGCACUGGAAGACCAAUUGCAGUCCUUGGGUGAACGCUGGGCCGCUGUGUGUCGCUGGACAGAAGAGCGCUGGCACAAGCUGCAGGACAUCCUGCUGGUGUGGCAGCAGCUGGUGGAGGACCAGUGCUUGUUCAAAGCGUGGCUGACUGAGAAAGAAGAGGCACUGAACCAAGUACAGACCAGCAACUUCAAGGACCCAAAUGAAAUGAAUCUUAAUGUUCGCAGAUUAGCUAUCCUUAAGGAGGACAUGGAGAUGAAGCGUCGGACUCUGGACCACCUGACGGACGCCGGGCAGGACGUGGUGCAGCUGCUGCGUAGUGCCGAGGCUGCGAGUCAGAUCGGCGGAGACACGGAGGAGCUGACCCAGAGAUGGGACAACCUGGUCCAGAAGCUGGAGGACUGCUCCAAUCAGGUGACGGAGUCGGUGACCAAUUCCGAGAUGUCCCAGGUCGAGGGGAGGGUCGCCAUGGAGACGGUCUCCACGGCAGCGGACAGGGCCGAGGAGGCGUCGGCCCAGGAGCUCCCGCCGCCCCCUCCCCCCAAGAGACGGCAGCUGCAGGGAGACCUGGAAGUCAGGAAAGUGAUCGAGGAUGACUUCCGCGAGAUCCUGAACUGGAUAGCCCAGUGGAAAGCUUCCGUCAAAGCCCUGGGUUUCACUGACUACCAGAGAGUACGAGAGAUGUCUGACAUCGCAAAACAACUCAAGCCGUUGGAGGUGGAACUCUCAGAGAAGGAGCCGCAGGUGGUGGAGGUGACACAAGCAGCGCAGAGCCUGGUAGAGCAAAUGGAGAAAGAGGGUCAGUCCACAGAGGAGGUGAGGGGAGCUUUGGACACGGUCCAGGUGGAGUGGGGGAACAGCAGGGAGCAGCUGGAGGCGCUGAAGGGGAGGGUCCGGCUCCAGGAACGGAUCAGCGCCUUCUCCUCCGAGCUGCAGGGGCUGGAGCGGGCCAUAAGCGGGCCGGAGAAGUGGCUCAGGGGCGCGGCGGGAACCGGGGCGGAGGAGACGUCGCUGGACUCACAGAGCGCGGCCUGUGAGGCCAGACUGGCUGAGCUGGUGGCUGUCGGUCCUCAGAUGAAGCAGCUGGCCGCAGAUGCAGCCACGCUGGGCAGCGAGCCCUCGGCUCCCGCCUUCAUCCAGGAUGACACGGCCGCCCUCUCUGCCCGCUACGCAGCCCUGCUGGAGGAACUGCAGAACAAAGACCUGGAGCUCAGCUCAGCCCUUGCAGGCAUCCCCACCCAGGAUGAACAGGAUGGAGCGGAGACCACGCCCGGGGUGUUUGAGGACAUGGAGGCCAGGAUCGGCGCUCUUCGGGCUGGCAUUGUUGACGUGACAACCGCCGAGGAGGCAGUGCAAAAAGCUGAGGUGCUGUGUGAGGAGCUGGGGCAGCAGCAGUCCUCUGACCCUGUUAAUGAGCAGCGAUGGAGUGAGCUCUCCUCCAGAGCCCGGGAUGAGCUGGGGGCACUUCGGUGCCUGCUAGGCAGUCUGACUGAUGCACAGGUGGCAUCGGCGCAGGUGGACAAGUGGCUGGACGGGGUGCAGGCUGUGAUGGCCAGGGACAUGUCAGCCCUUGGGGACGCGGAGAAACUGCAGGAGGAGCUGAACCAGUGCAUGGAGUUUGUGAAUGACAUGGAAACCGUGGAGACAGCUUUGAAACAGAUGGCUGAGAAUGUGACAGCGGUGCAGUCGGGUGCAGUCCCGGGUUUGGCCAGCUGGGGGCAGCCUAAGCUCGAGGAGCACCAGUGUCGAUGGGAGACGCUGAGCAAGCAGCUACUGAGCCACCAGGAGCGCGUGUCGGAGAAUCAGGAGAAGGCGGUGAAUCUGAGGAAGGACUUGGCGGAGAUGCAGGAAUGGAUGACGCAGGUCGAUGAGGAGUUCCUCAUGAGGGACUUUGAAUACAAGAGUCCAGAGGAGCUGGAGGGAGCCUUGGAGGAAAUGAAGAGGGCAAAAGAGGACGUGUUGCAGAAGGAGGUGCGAGUGAAGAUACUGAAGGACAGCAUCAACAUGCUGGUGGCAAAGUCGCCCCCUGGUGGCCAGGAUCUAACAGCUGACCUGGGUGGAGUCCUGAAGAACUAUCAAAAGCUGUGUGAUCGAUUCAAGAGCAAGUGCCACACUUUAGAGGAGGUGUGGUCCUGCUGGAUUGAGCUGCUGCAGUACUUGGACCUGGAGACGAACUGGCUGAACAGCCUGGAGGAGCGUGUCCAGGGCACGGAGAACCUUCCGGAGAGCAGCGAGGCCGUCAGCGAGGCCCUGGAGUCCCUGGAGUCGGUGCUGCGUCACCCAGGAGACAACCGCACGCAGAUCCGGGAGCUGGGACAGACGCUGAUCGAUGGUGGGAUCCUGGAUGAGAUAAUCAGUGAAAAGCUGGAGGCCUUCAACGCCCGCUAUGACCAGCUCAGCCAUCAGGCCGUGAACAGGCAGAUCUCUCUGGAGCAGCAGCUGCAGCAGCUGCGUGAGAGUGAGCAGACUCUGCAGACGCUGCAGGAUUCCCUGGCCCAGCUGGACCAGACUCUCACCUCCUACCUCACCGACAGGGUGGAUGCCCUGCAGCUGCCCCAGGAGGCCCAGAACAUCCAAGCGGAGAUCGCGGCCCACGAGGCCCAGCUGGAGGAGCUCCGCAGGAGGAACGUGGGCAACUUUCCGGCCGUGGGCCCAGACGGCAAGGCCUCCCGCGGGGGCACCAUGCUGGACAUGCUGCAGAGAAAACUCAGAGAGAUAUCCACCAAGUUCCAGCUCUUCCAGAAGCCAGCCAACUUCGAGCAGCGCAUGUUGGACUGCAAGCGGGUUCUGGACAGCGCCAAGGCAGAUCUUCACGUGCUGGACGUCAGAGACGUGGACCCAGAGCAGAUCCAGGCCCACCUAAACGGCUGCAUGAAACUCUAUAAGAUCCUGAGCGAGGUGAAGCUGGAGGUGGAGACGGUGAUCAAGACGGGCCGGCAGAUCGUCCAGAAGCAGCAGACGGAGAACCCCAAGGCGAUGGACGAGCAGCUGACCGCCCUCAAACUGCUCUACAACGACCUGGGCGCUCAGGUGACCGAGGGGAAGCAGGACCUGGAGAAGGCGCUUGUGCUGUCCCAGAAACUGCAGAAGGAGAGUGGCUUUCUGCAGGAGUGGCUGUCCACCACAGAAGCCGUCCUCAACCAGAAGAACUCCUCAGGAGACAUGCCAGCGGACAUCGAUGCCGAGAUCGCCUGGGCGAACGGCCUGCUGAAGGAGCUGGAGCGGAGGAAGGCGGACCUGACGCGGGUGACGGAGAGCAGCGCUGCCCUGCAGUGCCUGGUGGAGGGCAGCGACGUGGUGCUGGAGGAGCGGCUGUGUGUGCUGAACGCGGGCUGGGGGAGGGUGCGCACCUGGGCGGAGGACUGGCUCAGCACCGUGCUGAACCACCAGAACGAGGUGGAGAUCUUCGACGAGAACCUGGCACACAUCAGUACCUGGCUCUACCAGACGGAGAUCCACCUGGAUGAGACGGAGAAGCUGCCGGCCAAUGAGAAGGAGGAGGUGGUGAAGACCCUGAUGGCAGAGCUGGAGGAGAUCAGCCUCAGGGUGGACAGCGUGAGGGACCAGGCCAUCAUCCUCAUGACCAGCCGUGGCCCCGCCUGCAGGGAGGUGGUGGAGCCCAAGCUGGCCGACCUCAACCGCAACUUCGACAAGGUCUCCCAGCACAUCAAAGCCGCCAAGAUGUCCACAAGCCUGGAACCGGUGGAUGUGGAGGUACAGGAGCUGCGGGAGUUACAGGCUCCAGUGACACUGAGCGCCAGUCAGCUGCUGGAUUUUGAAGGAGAGUUGCUGGCCAGCCUCAAUGCCCUGGACACUCAGCAGGACGACGCCCAGCUUCUGGUCCAGGAUGAUGAAAAGAUGGAUGAGGAGAAAGCGAGGGUGGAGGAGGUGCUGCAGAGGGGGGAGCAGGUGCUCCUGCAGCUCCCGGACGACUCCCGGAGAGAGGAGCUGCGCAUAAAACUGCUCCGGCUGCAGACGCAGUAUGCUGCGCUGAGGGAGGCAAGUGGUAUCCGAAUGCAGCAGGCUGUGGAAGUCUCCCAGGAAGUGCCCUCCUACAGCUGGGCAGAGCAGAGAGAGGAGCAGACCUCAGGGCUGCUGGGAGCUGUAGUAGAGCAGACCGGGAACCAGGAGGACAGUCAGACCACAGAGGAGGACAAGGCCCCAUCCCUCAUGCCUUCAGACUACCUUCUCGAGAUCAACAAGGUACUGCUGGCCAUGGCUGACAACGAGCUGCUCCUGAACUCCACAGAGCUGAGCAGUGGCCUGUACGAGGACUUCUCCAGCCAGGAAGAUGCCCUCAAGAAUAUAAAGGACAGCCUGGAGAAGCUGGGGGACCAAGUGGCCGCCAUACACGAGAAGCAGCCUGAUGCCAUCCAGGAAGCAUCCCGGGCUGAGGUGGCCCAGAUUGGGGAUGCGUUGACCCAGCUGAACGCAGAAUGGGACCGGGUCAACCGGAUGUACAACGACCGCAAAGGGUGCUUUGACAAGGCUGUGGAGGAGUGGCGGCAGUUCCACUGUGACCUCAGCGACCUGGGCCAGUGGGUGAGUGAGACGGAGCAGGUGCUGGCUGAUGGGAGGGGGCCGGACGGCACCGUAGACCUGGAGAAGGUCAAGGAGCACCAGGAGGAGCUGGAGGAGGGCCUGCUCAGCCACCAGCCAAUCCUGACCGCGCUCAACCAGACAGGGGAGGGCAUCAUCAGGCAGCUCUCCGCCCCUGGCAGCAGCCUCCUGGAGGAGAAGCUGGAGGGCCUCAACCAGCGCUGGAGGGACAUCCAGCGCGAGGUCCGGGAUCGCCAGCGCAGCUUGGCGGGGGGUGACCCCGUGGUGUCGGACCUGGUGAGGCGGCUGGACGAGCUGGCUCUGUGGCUGGAGCAGGCCGAGUGCGCUGUGGGGUCCCUGCCCGUCACCGCCACAGACAAGAACCUGAAGGAGCUGAAGGCCUUGGCAGAGGAAAUGGACGCACAGAAUGAACGGUUAAGCUGGCUGAACAAGAACGGUCCACACAUCCUGGCCAGCAAGACUGUGAGCCUGCAGGAGAGAGAACGGCACAUGGGCAGAUUGAGAGCCAUCAAUAUGAACUGGAGCAAUGUGACCAAGGAGCUGCUAGACAAGGUGGGCGAGGCAGAGGCCAGCCUGCAGAGCCACACUCAGUUCCAGGACAAGAUGAACAGGCUGACCGACUGGGUGCUCGUCACACACCAGACUCUGAAUAUGAGGGGGCCGGUGGCACUGUCUCCAUCCGAGUACCAGAUUCUGGAGACCUCUUUGAAGGAACACAAGAGAGAGCUGGAGGAGCUCCUCUCUCGGUCCAUCGAGCUCCAGAAACGGCAGCAGCUGCUCCCGCAAGAGAAGAGUAAGGUGGAGCAGCUGGCCCUGGACUGGAAGGCGCUGGACAUGACCGUCAAGGAGCUGCAGCAGCCCGUGCCCAGCUGGACGCAGCAGGUCGCCCAGCAACCGCUCUCAGUCUCGGUGCCCUCGGCGGUCCAGAUGGCCAGCCUGAUGAGUGGGGACCUGCGGCACCAGGCGCCCCGCAGCCCGGAGCUGGUGGCCCCCAUGGACCUGAACGAGACGGCCACCGAGCUCGGCGACUGGCUGCUGCUUAUCGACCAAAUGCUCAAGUCCAACAUCGUGACCGUGGGUGACGUGGACGAAAUCCGCACCACCAUUGGCCGCCUACAGGUGACAAAAAAUGACCUGGAGCAGAGACACUCCCAGCUGGAGGACAUCUUCACACUCGCCCAGAACAUCAAGAAUAAGACGUCCAACCUGGAUGUGCGCACGUCCAUCACAGAGAAACUGGAGAAGGUGCGCUGCCAGUGGGACAACACCCAGCACGGUGUGGAGGCCCGGCUGCUGCAGCUCGAUCACAUGAUCGGCCACAGCAACCAGUGGGAGGAGCAGAGGAGGGAGGUGAACGCUCUGAUUGGUCAGAAUGAAGUGCGCCUGCACAACCUGCUGCAGCUGUCCAGGGAGCCGGUGACCAAACAGCUGAGUGACAACAAGGUGUUUUUGCAAGAUCUGAGCAAAGGCCAGGUGGUGGUGGCCUCUUUCAACGAACUUUCCAACAAGCUCCUGCAGGAGUAUUCCACCGACGACACCCGGAGGCUGAAGGAGGUCACCGACAAGCACAACAUGGCCUGGAAUGCCAUCAACAACCGGGCGAUUGACAGGCAGGCCUCUCUGGAUGCGGAGCUGAAGGCACUGCAGGCCUCUCUCAGGGAGCUGGAGGGCUUCCUCAAAUGGCUGCAGGAGGCUGAGACCACCGUCAACGUUCUGGCCGACGCCUCCCAGAGGGAGGAGCUCUCCCAGGACUCUGCCCGCAUCAAAGAGCUGAGAGGCCAGCUUGAGGAUAUCCAGGCAGAGAUCGACGCCCACAAUGACAUCUUCAAGAGCGUGGACGGCAACAGGUCGAAGAUGGUCAAGGCGCUGGGCAGUUCGGAGGAGGCCAUGUUCCUCCAGCAGCGGCUGGACGACAUGAACCAGCGCUGGAGUGAGCUGAAGGCCAAAUCCGCCAACAUCAGAGCGCACCUGGAGGCCAGUGCGGAGAAGUGGAGCCGCCUGCUGGCCCUGCUGGAGGAGCUGUGGAGGUGGCUGAGUCUGAAAGAGGAGGAGCUCAACAAGCAGAUGCCCAUCGGAGGGGAUGUACCCACACUGCUGCAGCAGCACGACCACUGCAUGGCCCUACGGAGUGAGCUGAAGGAUCGGGAGCCAGUGGUGGUCGGCACUCUGGACCAGGCCCGCAUGUUUCUGGCCGAUCAGCCCAUCGAGGGCCCAGAGGAACCACGGAGGAACCUGCAGCCCAAAACAGAGCUGACGCCUGAGGAGAAGGCCCAGCGAGUGGCCAAAGCCAUCCGGAAGCAGACAGCCGAGGUGCGUGAGCGUUGGGAGCGCCUCAGCGCCAACGCAGACAGCUGGCAGCAGCAGGUGGACAAGGCACUGGAGAAAUUGCAGGACCUCCGGGGUGCCAUGGACCAGCUGGACCUGAGGCUGGCCGAGGCCGAGGACACGAGGGCGGGCUGGCAGCCCGUGGGCGACCUGCUCAUCGACUCCCUGCAGGACCACAUCGAGAAGACCACUGCCUUCAGGGAGGAGAUUGCACCGCUGAAGCAGGACGUGCGGGUUGUGAACGAGCUCGCCAGUCAGCUGACGCCCCUCGACGUUCAGCUCUCCUCAAACACGUCCAGGCAGCUCGACGACCUCAACAUGCGUUGGAAACUCUUGCAGGUGGCUGUAGAGGAGAGACUCAAGCAGUUGCAGGAGGCCCACCGGGACUUUGGACCCUCGUCCCAGCACUUCUUGUCCACCUCAGUGCAGCUGCCAUGGCAGAGGGCUGUGUCCCAAAAUAAGGUUCCAUACUACAUCAACCAUCAGACUCAGACGACCUGCUGGGACCAUCCGAAAAUGACAGAGCUGUUCCAGUCACUUGGUGACUUGAACAAUGUGCGAUUCUCAGCCUACAGAACUGCGAUGAAGAUUCGUCGGCUACAGAAAGCACUGUGCUUGGACUUGCUGGAUCUGAACGUGGCCCAGAAUACCUUCGAGCAGCACAAGCUGACCCAGAACAGCCAGCUGCUGAAUGUCCCUGACGUCAUCAACUGUCUGACCACCAUAUACGACGGGCUGGAACAGAACCACAAGGACCUGGUCAACGUCCCCCUCUGCGUAGACAUGUGUCUCAACUGGCUUCUCAACGUCUACGAUACGGGCCGGAGUGGCAAGAUCCGAGUGCUGUCCAUGAAGAUCGGGCUGCUGUCCCUGUCCAAGGGCCACCUGGAGGAGAAAUACAAAUAUCUCUUCCGGCAGGUGGCGGGUCCGGGGGAUACCUGUGACCAGAGGCAGCUGGGGCUGCUGCUGCACGACGCCAUUCAGGUCCCGCGGCAGCUGGGCGAGGUGGCGGCCUUCGGGGGCAGCAACAUCGAGCCCAGCGUCCGCAGCUGCUUCCAGCACGUGACUAACAAGGUGGAGCUGGAGCCGCGGCAGUUCGUGGACUGGAUGCGUCUGGAGCCCCAAUCCAUGGUGUGGCUGCCCGUCCUGCACCGCGUGGCGGCCGCGGAGACGGCCAAACACCAGGCCAAGUGCAACAUCUGCAAGGAGUGUCCCAUCGUGGGCUUCAGGUACCGCAGUCUGAAGCACUUCAACUACGACGUCUGCCAGAGCUGCUUCUUCUCCGGACGCACCGCCAAGGGCCACAAGCUCAACUACCCCAUGGUGGAGUACUGCACCCCGACAACGUCUGGGGAGGACAUGCGCGAUUUCACCAAGGUACUGAAGAACAAAUUUCGAUCGAAGAAGUAUUUCGCCAAGCAUCCCCGUCUUGGUUACCUGCCCGUCCAGACGGUUCUGGAAGGGGACAACAUGGAGACUCCUGUCACACUCAUCAGCAUGUGUCCGGAGCAGUAUGAGCUCUCCCAGUCACCGCAGCUCUCUCAUGACGACACUCAUUCCAGGAUAGAGCAGUAUGCCAGCAGAUUGGCUCAGAUGGAGAGAUCCAACGGCUCUCUGCCAACAGACAGCAGCUCAGCCACAGGCAGCAUUGAUGACGAGCACACCCUGAUCCUGCAGUACUGCCAGACCCUUGGGGGCGAGUCCCCGCUCAGCCAGCCCCAGAGCCCCGCCCAGAUCCUGCAGGCGGUGGAGAGGGAGGAGCGGGGGGAGCUGGAGCGCAUCAUCGCCCGGUUGGAGGAGGAACAGAGGAACCUGCAGCUGGAGUACGAGCAGCUGAAGGAGCAGCACAGUCAGAGGGUUGCGUCUGAGGCCGCUGGGCUGCAGGGCGGGGCAGAUGAGGCCGACCUCCUGGCCGAGGCCAAGCUCCUGCGGCAGCACAAGGGCCGGCUGGAGGCCCGAAUGCAGAUCCUGGAAGACCACAACAAGCAGCUGGAGUCCCAGUUGCACCGCCUCAGACAGCUACUGCAUCAGCCUGAGGCAGAUCCCAGAAUCAAUGGAGUCUCGUCAUCCACAGUGCUACAGCAAUCCCUGCUCCAGCAGUCUCUGAGCCAGGACAGUGACCCCCACCCUGAGCAUGCAGACGACUUGUUAGACCACCCGCACAACACCAGCGCAGACCUGACAGACGUCAUGGAACAGAUCAAUAACUCUUUCCCUGCAUGUGGUCCACCGAGUCUCGCUUCAAGACCACAGGUGAUGUAAGGAUGGGGGAUGUUGGGAGACAAGUAAAGUUCCUCGUUGGAUGGAAGACUUCACUCUCGGCUCAAUGACCUGCCUCUUCUGAAAGAGAAGGAAAGAGGGCCCAACCAGAGAUUCACUGAAGACCCAAAGACAUGGACCAGGACCACAGAAUUUUACUAUGUUGUCGUCUUGUACUAUGCAAUUGUACAUUUUAUGAACUGUAGAUUGUAUUCGACUUUGGUUACGCAUUUGUCAGUGAUUUGUAUGAAUAUGCAGAAGAAGAGGGGUGGGGCUUUAUAUACAUGUAUGCUUAUUUUUUUUUUAUUUUGCUAUCGCUGGGAAUUUAAACUGUUAAAAUACAUUUUGACAUUCCACAGCUCUUGGCAUUAACACUGUAAAGUUGCUUCCUUCACUGCUGAUGUGACCACCCUUUUUAAAAACGUGUUCUGGGUUUAAAAAAAAAAAAAAAUAUGAAGAGAAAACAAUUGACUGUUUCACGUAAAUAUUUCAUAUCCACUCUGAGAUGAUGUACCGCUACUUAAAGCAUUGCUGUUUUUAGGUCUAUUUUUAUAGUAUGUGUUGUGAGUGAACAGUUGCCCCUUUAACGCAUUGGUUCGAUAAACAGGCUGUGACACACUGAACAUGCACUGUGUUGUACACGUGUUUAGAAACCCCCGUUGUGCCUAUACAGAAGUCAUUCCAGAUGGGAACAGGAUAAAGAAAAUUAUGUCCGACGUUGAAAAGAAGGUGUGGAAGAAAGGAAAAAAAAAAAUUCUGAAGCUGUACUGGAAUCAGGUUUGGAGGCCCGAGAUGAUUUUGUGUAGUGUAGUUUUAUAAAUGUUUUAAAUCAGAAGAAAGCCAUGAUUGCCUUGCUACCUCAGACACAAACACCUUUGUUAGCGUGGUCUGUGCUGGUUUGUCGUUUUCCUUUUUUUUUUUUUUUUUUUUU